AUGCCCGUACUUGAAUCCCUUAUGCUCGGUGAGAAGACAGCAGUUGUUUUUGACAUAGGCUCAGUUUACACCAAGUGUGGUUUCGCUGGAGAAACUGGACCAAGGUUUAUUAUGCCAACAGAGAUCACUUUGCCCACAGGUGAAAAAAGAAGUAUAUCCUCGUGUGAUGGAAAGGAUAAAAGACGAGAGUUCUUGACAACUUUUCUUUACAAUAUAUACUAUCGACAUUUGUUGGUAAACCCUAAGGACAGACGAGUUGUUGUAGUUGAAAGUGUCCUCUGUCCUUCAUCAUUCCGUGAGGUUUUGGCCGACGUUUUGUUCAAUCAUUUUGAAGCACCUUCUGUACUUUUUGCAACUUCCCACUUGAUGGCACUAUUUACUCUUGGGAUUUCGUCAGCUGUUGUAUUAGACUGUGGUUAUAUGGAUGCUCAAGUUCUGCCUGUUUAUGAAGGUUACACUCUACUGAACGCUUGGCAGUCAGCCCAGCUUGGUAGCAAAAGAAUUCAUGAAAACAUCAGGGGUUACCUAAAUGAGAAUGCCAAGUUGGUGGAUGAUAUCAACGGGGAAUAUAAAAGGGCAGUCCAGUGGAAGGCUUGGAAGGACUCUGCUGAAUCAUCGGUCACAAAGCCCAACUUGUAUCAGGAAACAUUUAUUUUCCCCCUAGACAAGUUAGGGAACGAAAGGCCAAUUCAAGUUGCAUCAGAUAUCCGAGAGUUGGCAGUCGAAUGUUUGUUUGCUGGAGACAAUGAUCAAAUUACAAUUACAACACUAAUUUUACGAUCAAUUUUGUUGGCACCUAUUGAUAUUAGAAGACAGUCCAUCAGUUUUUGCUGACCAAUAUCGCAUUGUAAUAAACUUUAUAAGCUCUUAGGAAAGUGGAUUUGAAUGUUGGUGUUACACCUCACUAGUUAAAAGCUAUGGGCAACAGUGACUGAAUAAAUAUAUGCUUCUUGGUGUUCAACUUUAUUUUCUAUAGCCAUUUCCACUUGAUACAGUGUUUUACAGUGGUCUUUUCCAUAUAACAGGAAGUUGGCAGAAAAUAUUGUACUUAUUGGUGGCACAACCAUGCUACCCGGCUUCGUGUCUCGUCUAAUGGAGGAACUCAAUUCACUUGUCGAACUUCCUGAGUUCUCAAAGUUACAAGCUUUAAAGGGAUCUUUUAAAUUUCACAAUCCUCCUGGUGAAGCAAACUACAUAGGAUGGCUUGGUGCGAUAUACUGCGAAACUUUGGUUGAUUUAUUUCAACUUUCGUGUUGGCGACACCAAGAUAGAAGAAAUAUCCAAUGAAUUCGAGACCAAGUCAUAUGGUGACUGACUAGCCUAUCUACAUCUAAUUCCAAACUAUAUUACCAGUGAUAACUUCGCAUGAAACACAGCAUUACACAAGGGGAUGAUGCCAAGUGUAAAAAAGAGACAUGUUUUGGUUGUGAAUCAUCACUUAUGGAUCACCCACUCAAUGCUUUAUCAGAAUGUAUUACAAAAACUAGCAGGUAACCAAAUCUCUUUUUUAUGUCAACUACUGUUUAAAUUCCGUUAAUUUAAUCACUUGUUUAUUCUGAAGAAGUACCUUGCACUAAGUCACAAGACGUUAGGAAUUCUAAUUUCUGCUCAUUAGAAUAUCACUGAUAUAUCAUUAUUUUAUUACUACAAUUACAAAAGCUUUAUUAAUUAUUCAUGUUUACUUAUAAACUCUUGGUGCACUCGAACACCAGCAUGACAGAAUGAUAACAUUAUGAGGAAAAGGAAUAGAGAAUAUAC